CACCCACUAUUUUCCCCACAAGAAAUAGUCUCUAACCAUUCUCAAUUUCGAUAUUCAUCGGUUUCCGAUGUUGCUAUUUGCUGAGCAAAUGGGGCGGUGCCUCAGACUGAGCAUGCGCUUCAGGUCCCCGAAUCCCGACGCGAAGCCAAAUCUAGACGUGCGUACCAACAGCACAGGAAUAACUCAACUUCGGCCAUGAUCCAGGCCUCUGCGUUGCAUUAACUACCUCAAAAUCCCUAGUCAUCCGUUCCACAGCACCACCAUCUCGAAACAAUGGUCUCAGCCCAAUCACUCGCCCUCCACCUGCUCAUCACCCUCCGAACUAUCUCCGCCAGCCCUUUGCCCCGGCAUCACAAGCCUGUCAAACGCAGCACAACAAGCCAGAAUGUCGGCAGUGGAUUUGCGAUAGCAAUAUGCGUUGUUUUCCUCGCCGCCAUUUCCUACUAUUUCGGAAUGCACCACGAGCGCACAAAGUCAUGGUUCAGCAAGCGCAAUGCGCCCACUGUAUCCGAGCCCGUAACUCAUAAUAAGACAAUCAUGGAGGGACAAAGACGUCUGAGGCAGAUAAGCUGCCCGCUCGCAGUAGCAUCUUCAGCACCCAUCAAGCCGUACGAUGAUCCAGUCGAAGCGCCAACACCAAGCUUACGGUACUACGAACUGCCUAUCAAAGAAGUGCACGAGAUGGGUCUGCCGAGCCCGAACAAACCUCCGCCACGAGCGAGUUGGCUUUCGCUCGAUCGCAAGACUUGGUGGCUCAAGUACCCCGAGGACGAAGAGCAAAGAAGGAGUGCAAGCACGAGCAGGAGCAAAAGCGUGCGCAGUUGGUUCAAAAGCGAAAUAAACAUGAACAACGUGCAAGAGGAGAUACCAAAGCCGUCACCUGGACUGAUCAAGGCCGUGCAUCUGGAAGCUCACAACGCCAGCGAAGAUGAAAAGGAGAGGACAAGCGAUGGAAGUACAUUCAUGGACUGGAGUGGCUUGGACUAUGUACGCAGGAUUUAUAUUGGACGCAAAAGCAGGGUCGGACUAUAAUGCCGUAUGGGCUACCUAAUACACUAAUCAAUUGCAAGCUUCUGCAUGACACCCUGUUCUGUUGUUUCCUCCUUGACGUUCGUCGAAUAGACUCACAGACUUAGCAGGACAAAGCGGCAAACAGUGCAAACGCCAGACAUCAACACCGCACAGAUCAAAAUGACCUACUAUCAAACAGUAAUACCAUCAGGAUUGGACAUAUCGAAUGACUCCAAAAGAUGACGUAGCUUCAACGGCUGCGGCAUCUCCAUGAUCGCCGGCGAGUACAAAGGAUCAAAGAUCCUCA